GUUUAUUAUAAUAUAUAUAUAUCCACUCUGGUAUGAAACGCACAAGGGCAUCAAACAACUUCUUAACUGUCUAUUUUUAUUUGCAAUCGCGAUAUUUUCCUUGGACUACAAAAACAUACGCAUGAGAAACCCCCAGUAAACAACAAACGCCACUCGGUAUAAGCACUUAGCUUUUACCUUCGGUACUGGAUCGCACGCAGUAUGUCGGUCCUUUAUAAUUAUGUCAUAGCGGACCCUAAUGUAGAGGAAGAACUUGGACCACCACCCCUUCCCCCGAAACAGCCCAAAGACAAUAAGCCGGCAGAGGAUAAGCCCCCACCCAGACCACCGCACGAUGUAAAGAAAUCGGCCCAACCUUACUCAUUAACUAAACUGGGAAGUACUAGCAUAAAUUCUUUACCCACGCCCAAACCCCUCCCCAGACCGCAGUCAGCAAGCUCGCUGCUAUAUAACGUUAACAGUCCGAAUGUAUCAUUCAACGGCUCAGGUUCAAAUAUCGAAAUAGCCGUGCGCUCAAUUAAAUACGAUACGGGAGGUGAGACAUCCACCUCGUUUUUUAAAGUGGACAAUAAUGAUAAAUUGUUAACUAGCUCAAAGGUACGACUAAAGCCUAGCAGCUCAACUGGUUCUUUGCUGAAAACGAAUGAGACUGCGGUGACACUGCGCGAGCAAUUAAAUCGCGACAAAAAUCAAAUACCUACUCUCGGAUCGUCCACUGAACUAUUUAGCGGGUAA